UUUCGAGGGAUUCCGUGAGAGUGUGGAUGGACGGAUGCUUCGAUAUGAUGCAUUUUGGGCAUGCAAAUGCAUUUCGUCAAGCAAGAGAGCUCGGCGACUACUUGAUAGUUGGAGUUCACAACGACGCCGAGGUUAUAGCCAACAAAGGUCAGCCUUUGAUGAAUGAGUACGAAAGAUAUACGGCGGUGCGCUCGUGUCAAUGGGUUGACGAGGUAGUAGAAAACGCGCCCUACGUCACAAGUUUGAAGUUGAUAGAGCAGUAUGGAUGUAGCAUCUGCGUUCAUGGAGAUGAUGAAAUACUUUUGCCUGAUGGGUCCGAUCCAUAUUGGGAAAUCAAACAGGCUGGUCGGUAUCGUGUCAUUCCUCGUACACAAGGAAUUUCGACCACGCAACUGAUUAGUCGAAUACUCAAACAUUUAAACCGUCACUCAAUUUCCUCUGUUGAGUGGUACGAUGCGGUAAGUCCCUACACGGGUAGGGGUCCAUUUCUCCCUACUGUUCAGAAACUCGUUUUGUUCGCGGGUAAACGUGGUCCUCGUCCUCUACAUGGCCGCACUGUGUUUAUUGAUGGUUCAUUUGAUUUGUUUCAUUUAGGCCACUGCGAAAUUUUGAAGGCCGCCAAAAUGCGUGGCGACUACUUGGUCGUGGGCGUUUGGUCGGAUCAAAAUGUGACCGACGAAAAGGGUCGCCCUCCCAUUAUGAACAUAUACGAGCGCGUAUUUUCGGUCCUGUCUUGCCGAUACGUGAAUGACAUCAUAAUCGGGUCACCGCUCAUAAUAACGGAAGACCUGCUAAGGAGCAACAAUGUGACACGAGUGGUCGUCGGCACUGUUCAGGACAGACACAUCAAGAAGUCGUCGAACAGUGUUCGGUACAAUUUACCCAAGUCUAUGGGAAUUUUUGAAGAAAUUUCGAGUCCGAGCUCUAUAACAGCGAGUGACAUCAUCGACAGGGUUACUCAAAACCAAGAGACGUUUCAAGAGAGAAAUACCAAAAAGGAGUUUCGCGAAGUGAAGGUGUUGUGAUGGCGCGUCAGCUCGUCCCUGGGUAAAACAGUGGGAAACAAUGAAUACAGCACUGAUAGAAAUUUUUUGUUCAGGUUGUGUGUACGAGAUAAAAAGAGUAGACGUAUAUUGUGUAACACAGGCUAGUAGUCAAUAAAUAUACAUAGGUGUCAUUAACUCUA